AUGGUGCCACAAUUCCCCUCGCAGGCCUUCUAUCGAGCGGCCAAUUUGACCGUUGAUACAAACCAUGCUAAGCAAAAGUACCUUGAAGAAGAAGACAAGAGUGUACUUGACGAUAACAUCCUCGACCACAACGCCAUAGACUCGGGCCUUGAACUCUCCCCUCCGAUGGCUGACAGUCGGAGAGAGUCAUUUGCCGUCUCAGGUACUCUAUUUUCUCCUAAAACUGAGGAUUGGCAGUCCGUGGACAUGCAGUCAGUCCCUUCAAACAAUCCUUUUUUUGAGCAGCCAAGCGGCAGUAGCAACAACCCCUUCAUGCGGCUCGACCACGGACAGACACACGCUUUCGGACAACAACAGCAACAACAAAGCGGCAGCUGGCUGAUGGGCUCCGGCUCCGGCACCACAACACCCUUUCAUCCGUUCGAGUCUAUCCCGGCAGAGUACGAUGCUGGGUCCUCGAUUUUCCAGCGAUCGAUGCAGAGCCAGAACGGCUUUAACGGGGUCGGCAACAUAUUUGCGCCUCUGGGCCCUGGCGAGCAGCACAUGCCCACGUCGCCGCAGAAAGAAUGGAUGGCUACGGCACAUGCUGCUGCCAAGAAGAUGCGUUCGAGCAGUCCAGGGAUCCGAUCCCACAAUGAUCUCAGAAGAGGAGACGGCAUCCGCAAGAAGAACGCCCGUUUCGAGAUCCCAGCGGAGCGCAACCUGAACAACAUCGAUCAACUCAUUGCGUCCUCGACGGAUGAGCAGGAGAUCAAGGAGCUCAAGCAGCAAAAGCGCCUGCUGCGUAACCGACAAGCGGCCCUUGACUCUAGGCAGAGAAAGAAGCUACACACCGAGCGGCUUGAGGACGAGAAGAAGCACUAUACCGCACUCAUCAACGAUUUGGAGGAGGAGGUAGGCGGUCUCAAGGCAAAAAUGGAGCUGCUUCACCGGGAGAAACAGUCCUACAUGGACUUCAUUGAGACUCUCACCCUGGAGAAGGACGAGAUGAUUAGAGCCCACACGGUUGAGACAGGAGAGCUUCGGAAGAAGGUCGGCAUCCUCACCGAGCAUGUUCAGAGGCUCGAGUCUACACCGCUUGCCACGACACAGACAUCCCACAUGAAUCACGGGUUCCCUGGCGCCUAUGAUGAGAUGAAUGACAUGGACAUGACUGGCGCCUGGGACAACGCUGGCUUCCUCAACGACUACGCCCCCGAGCCCGAGGUCAAGCAGGAGCUGUCCGUCGUUCCCGCAAAGAAGGCCGACGCAGCGGCCGCUGAAGAUGGCGACAAGGGGGCUUCUCAGGGUGGACUACUCUUCAUGCUCUUCCUUGUGGGAGCCUUUGUCAUGUCGAGAGGUUCCACGCCACCCAUCACGCGCGUGUCCGAGGAUGUCCGAGUGGCGUCGGAGACGCUUCUCCAGAAUGUGCUCAACGACGCAGGCGUCAAGCCUCAAGCUCAUGGCCUUCAGCCCAUGGCUCCUCAGCCGUCUGGAGCGGUCAACUGGCCACAACUCGGGGCGAGCGGCGGCCCCAAGGUCGGCAUGCAUGUCGCGCCCUCUAUGCUCGAGGAGCUGGGAGAUGCUCUGUCGCAGCCAUCGGAGCGGCAAACCAACGAGCACGUCUUCUCCAUGUCAUCCACUCAGUACAAUGGCGUCCACAAUCAGGAUUUUAACCCGCCUAAACGAUCCACCAGCCAGGGUCGCAAGAACCUUGCCGAGGCACUCGCAGAGAUUCGGGAUGACAAGCAGACGGGCGCAGCGGAGGUGUACACGCGAUCGCUUCUCUGGAACCAAAUUCCCAGGGAAGUGGUUCGAAAUUUUGCGAAAAUGGUUUCCGAGUGCAGCAAUGCACAGAAUGAGCAGCAAUGCAACGACACGACGUGA